AUGUCUAAUUGGAAUCAUCUUAAGAAUAUAGAACUUGCAGAUCCUAAAUUCAACAAACCAAGUAAAAUCGACAUCUUGUUAGGCAGCGAUGCGUACUCUUCCAUUAUCCUUGAAGGAUUAAUAAAAGGACCACAAGGGACCCCUAUAGCCCAAAGAACAGAGCUUGGCUGGGUUCUGUCUGGAGGCAUUUCACCCGACAGCCACUCACAAGUACAAGCCUUUCACAUCAAAACUGAAUCUGAAUCCCUAGACCAAAUGCUAAGAAAGUUCUGGGAACUUGAAGAAAUUCAAGAUCGAAAGUUCCUAUCACCAGAUGAUGAAAAAUGUGAAAAGCAUUUUUGCAGAACACAUCAGAGACAAUUAGAUGGAAAAUAUGUUGUCCAACUUCCUUUCAAAGAAGGAACAUAUCCCUCGAUAGGGUUAUCUCAAAGGUCAGCGCUUGUACGAUUCUUACAAUUAGAAAGAAAAUUCAAAACAAAUUCGUUGUUCAAAGAAGAGUACACAAAAGUAUUCAAUGAAUAUAAAGAGCUUGGACAUAUGACUGAGGUACCACUUGCUGCGCUUAAUUCUCUUCACUACUUCUUACCUCAUCAUGCCGUGGUAAAAGAAGCUAGCUCGACUACAAAACUGCGGAUUGUUUUUGACGCGUCUUGUAAAACAUCCGAUGGUACGUCGCUUAAUGAUCAUCUUUAUAUUGGUCCUAGGUUACAAGAUGACGUCUUUGACCAUAUCGCAAGGUUUAGGAGAUUUAAAGUAGCAUUUGCAGCCGACAUAACUAAAAUGUAUAGGCAAAUUUGGGUCACUCCAGAUGAUUCAAUGUAUCAACUUGUGCUAUGGCGAGAUGUAGAAGGAGGAGAAGUGAAGGCAUACCGCCUUAACACAGUCACUUUUGGUACGGCCUCUGCACCUUACUUAGCCAUCCGAACGCUCCAACAAUUGGCAUCUGAUGAACGUGAUGAUUUUCCUCUUGCAUCGAAAAUAGCCUUAAAAAACUUCUACGUCGAUGAUGUAAUUCACGGGGCAGACUCAGUGAUAGAGGCGGUGGAGAUGCAGACACAGCUCAUAAAGAUGUUGGAAAAAGGAGGGUUUCCAUUACGAAAAUGGGCAAGUAACUGCGAGGAGCUGUUGAUGUCUGUACCAGAGGAAGAUAGGGAGGUACAAAUCCCAUUAUCGUUUGAUGCAAAAAAUGCAAUAAAAGCUCUUGGCGUUCAGUGGCAUCCUGCAAAGGAUAUUUUUGCAUUUAAAAUCUCGCUUCCAGCACAUACAAAAAUUACAAAGAGAACUAUACUAUCAGAUCUUGCUCGCCUGUACGAUCCAAUGGGUUGGAUAGCACCUUGCGUCAUCGUCGGAAAAAUAAUAAUGCAAGAAACUUGGAAAGAUAAACAAACAUGGGAUUCUGAGCUCCCAUCAUCAAUCAUCUCUGCGUGGCAAAGUUUGAAAGCUGGACUGAGCCUUUUAGAGGCCAUCGAGAUCCCCCGCUGGUUAAAUCUCACCAAUGAAUCAAAGGUCGAGGUCCACGGAUUUUGCGAUGCAUCUGAAAAGGCAUAUGCGGCAGCAAUAUAUCUUAGAGUUACCACCGGAAAUGAAACGAACAUUAAUCUCAUCGUGUCAAAAACUAGAGUGGCACCUCUUAAAACUAAAUCUUUAGCUCGGUUGGAGCUUUGUGGAGCUCUGCUUCUGGCACAGUUGUUGGUACACACUGUGGAUACGAUGGAACUUCAAUCUGCAAAACUGUUCACUUGGUGCGACUCUCAAAUUACGCUAGCUUGGAUUAAAAGCGCACCCUACCUGAGAACAACGUUCGUUGCCAACAGAGUGGCAGAAAUCCAAGAACUGACUGAUGCUGGCCAUUGGAAUUACGUUCCAUCUAAAGAGAACCCCGCUGACAUUGCAUCUCGAGGAGUCUCUCCUAAUGAUCUCAUUCAGAAUCGACAGUGGUGGCAUGGUCCUGAAUUCCUAAAAUCGUUUGAUGAAAGUCUUCAUACGCCUGUUGAACUCAAACCUACAGAACUGGAAAUGAAAGGGUCGCAAAGUUCAAAAAACAAAAGUAAAUUGCUAUCAUCUGGGUACCCCAUAAUUAAUGUUUUUCAGCUCUGUGUUCACUUCACUACUUUUGAAUCGAAUCAAUCUUUUUUCAAUCGUUUUUCAUCUCUUAAUCGGUUAUAUCGAGCUGCAGCAUACUGGCGUCGAUUCUUGACAAAUUUUCAAUUUAAGGCAAAGAAACUAGAAACUCGUGUGCGUGGACCACUUUCAGUCGAUGAAGUAGCUUCAGCACGAUUACGUUUAAUUGUCUUUAUACAACAGGAGCAUUUCAAUGAAGAGAUCUCCAAACUAAGUAGGGGAGAAAUUGUCUCUAAAAGAAGCAAGAUAGCGAAACUUUCACCGUUCUUGGAUGAAAAAGGUAUAUUACGAGUUGGAGGUCGUUUAGAAAAUGCUAAUCUGCCGUAUUCGCAAAAGCAUCCUAUAAUACUCCCAUCAAGUAACUUUCUUACGUCACUCAUCGUCCAUGACACCCACAUGAAAACUCUUCAUGGUGGACAGCAAUUAAUGAUGGCAACACUUCAAUCGGAAUAUUGGAUUCUACACUUGAAAUCUACAGUCAAACAAUGUAUCCACAAAUGUCUUAAAUGCUACAGAUUCAAUGCAACAGAGAUGCAGCAGAAAAUGGGCAACUUGCCAACGUUGCGAGUGAGUCAAGCGCGCCCAUUUCAAACAUCGGGAGUUGAUUAUGCUGGUCCUGUUCAACUCAAAGCUUGGAAAGGUCGAUGUAGCAAAAUUACAAAAGCGUAUAUCGCAAUUUUUGUAUGUUUUUGCACAAAAGCAGUUCAUCUCGAGCUUGUUAGCGAUUACACCACAUCCGCAUUUAUCGCAGCUUUUAGACGUUUCACUGCUCGCCGUGGAAUAUGUUCAAAUUUGUACAGCGAUUGUGGUACGAAUUUCAAAGGGGCUGCAAAUAUCAUGGAUGCAAAGAGAAACUUCAUGCCAAAGCAGUGGACAAAAGACAUCGCAAAAAUUCUUCAAGAGAACGGUACACAAUGGCAUUUCAACCCCCCUGCUGCUCCACAUUUUGGUGGUCUUUGGGAGGCAGGUGUGAAGUCCAUGAAAUACCACUUAAAGCGCGUUAUCGGGCAUUACACCCUUACCUUUGAGGAAUACGCGACCAUACUCACUCAAGUGGAAGCUUGUUUAAAUUCCCGCCCACUUUGUCCUGUAAAUGAAGAUCCUGAUGAUCUCUCAAUCUUGACACCAGGACACUUUCUGAUUGGGUCAGCACUUAACACAGCACCAGAAAAGGAUUUCACACAACUUAAAGAAUCUCACUUAGAUAGAUGGCAACUUAUGCAAAAAAUCCACCAAGAUAUUUGGAAAAAGUGGAAAUCUGAAUAUUUGGUUCGAUUACAAAAGCGUCCAAAGUGGCUUACGCCAAAUAAUGAUCUCAAAGUGGGUCAUCUCGUACUUUUGCCUGAAGAACAAACACCUCCCACUCUUUGGCGGCUCGGAAAAAUUACGGACAUGCACCCUGGAACGGAUGGAAAAGUUCGUGUCGUCACAAUAAAAACUGCAACCGCUUCAUUAAAGCGCCCUAUAGCUAAACUUUGUUUCCUGCCGAUGAUUAAGAAAUAUCUUAAGGAACGAAAUCUUCUUAAAGACCGGCAGUAUGGCUUUUAUAGCAAUUGGUCCACUGGUGAUCUCAUGAUUCAUCUCACCGAACAGCAGAAGAGAUGUUUACAUCAUUUUGGAGAAAGCAAGAUUAUUGCAUUUGAUGAAGUUCAGCAUCAAGUUCUAUAUCUAAAAUUAGAUCAUUUAAUUUCGAUGGCUUAG